AUCAAAAUACACAACAUGGCCUCACACCACCGAUCCUCCGGUGGACAGGGGAAGAAAAAAGUUCAGGUGUCUUUUGUAAUUCGAGAUGAGGUGGAACGUCAUCACAGGUCAGGGGUCAAUGCCCUGCAGUUUGACCCCAUAUUUAACAGACUUUACACUGCUGGGCGUGAUUCCAUUAUCAGGAUAUGGAACACACGUGCAAAUAAGGACCCCUAUGUUUUGUCUAUGGAACAUCACACAGACUGGGUCAAUGACAUUGUGCUGUGUUGUGGAGGACGAACAUUGAUUUCUGCAUCCAGUGACACAACAGUCAAAGUUUGGAAUGCCCACAAAGGUUUCUGUAUGUCAACUCUAAGGACACACAAGGAUUAUGUGAAAGCUCUGGCAUAUGCCAAGGAGAAAGAGCAAGUGGCAUCGGCUGGACUUGAUCGGUCAAUUUUUCUCUGGGACGUCAAUACCCUCACAGCGUUGACCGCUAGUAACAACACUGUAACAACAUCUAGUUUAAAUGGGAACAAGGACUCAAUAUACAGUUUGGCAAUGAAUCCACCAGGAACUGUCAUUGUGUCAGGGUCGACAGAGAAGGUGCUUCGUGUUUGGGAUCCCCGGACCUGUCAGAAAUUAAUGAAAUUGAAAGGUCAUACGGACAAUGUCAAGGCUCUGGUGUUAAACAGGGAUGGCACUCAGUGUCUGUCUGGUAGCUCUGAUGGAACAAUUCGUCUCUGGUCCCUUGGACAACAGCGGUGUGUGGCGACUUUCAGAGUUCAUGAUGAGGGUGUGUGGGCUUUACAGACAAAUGAGAACUUCUCAGUGGUAUAUUCUGCGGGUCGAGAUAGACGAGUUUGGGCUACAGAUGUACGAAACCCAGAUUAUAGAGGCCUUGUUUGUGAAGAAACUGCCCCUAUAUUAAAGCUUGAGUUAACACAUACCGAUCAGCCAGCUCUGUGGAUAGCCACGACAGAUUCCUGUAUUAAAUGUUGGCCACUACAGAAAAUCAGCACCAGACUAUCAGGCGGGUACGACAACGAGGGCCUCACGCCUAUGUAUACACAGCCAGAUUUCACGAUUAAAGGGGGACCAAGCAUACGGCAAUAUUUUGUUUUAAAUGACAAGCGCCACAUAUUGACCAAAGAUACAGAAAAUAAUGUGGCUCUCUGGGAUGUAUUAACGGCACGAAAAACAGAAGAACUUGGAAAAGUGGAUUUUGAGGAAGAAAUAAAGAAAAGAUUCAAAACAGUGUUUGUUCCCAACUGGUUUUCUGUUGAUUUAAAGACUGGGUUGCUCACCAUACAUUUAGAUGAAUCAGACUGCUUCGCUGCUUGGAUGUCUUCGAGGGAGUUAGGGGCAGGCCUGACCCCCGAAGGAACAGAUCCAAAAUUAAAUAUUGGCCAGGAACUCCUACAGGCACUGUUAGAACAUUGGCCAAAGACACAUGUUUAUGAAAACCAGGAAGGUAUGAAUGGUAUUAUGGAGAAGAGCCAGUCUACACCAUUGUUCCAGGUUCCUGGUCAUACUCCUGUCAUAUUCUGUGAGAUUGGAGGUAGGACAUUGUUCCGACUGCUGUGUCGAGACGCUGCAGGGGAGACAGAACAGAUGCUACUGAACGAAACUGUGCCAUCAUGGGUGGUUGAUGUUAUUGUACAUAGAAAUGCACCGAAAUCAAACAAAAUUCCAUUCUUCUUACAACCACACCCAAGUACAGGGAUCAAAACGAUUAAGAAAGAUCGACUAUCAGCCAGUGAUAUGAUCCAAGUGAGAAAAGUAAUUGAGCAUGUGUAUGAAAAAGUGUUGGGUCAAGGUUCAGAAAAUGGGUCUCAAACCAAUAGUACUGGUGGGGAGCGAGCAGAGCCAGUUGAAAAGGAGGAGCCUGAUCUAUCAUCUGUGGCAGAGGAGAAAGUCGAGCUCAUAUGCAACGAACAGAUUCUUGAUUCUAACAUGGACUUACGAACUGUGAAGCAUUUCUAUUGGAAACAAACAGGAGAUCUGACUUUACAUUAUCGCCCCGUACAGAAGGUAUGACACAGGUUGUCGGGGACCCUUGCUGGGUAGUCAGGAUGGCUCUAUGAUAGCUGUGUUGGAAACAGGACAACGUGAUGUGUGUGUGUGAGAGACACACCAUGUCCACAAAGUAGAGCAUUUACGAUGUACAGAUUUCACGAAAGAGAACGGUUCAACAUGUAAAAUUGGAACCAGAUCAGAAUGUAGUGAAAGAUAGACAGAUCUGUCUGAAAUUUAUUAAUAGGUUGCAGAUUGGAAUAAUCUACCUUAUGUACAGGGUUACAUUACAUCAUAAUACUACUACCAAUACUUUCGGAAAUUAUUGAAGAAACCAGUAGAUGGAUUACACACUGUCAUUAGCUACUAUAUAUACCGAGGUAAAAUUAAUGGAUUUGACAAUAUGUAUUUUAACUGUGAUGUUCUGAUAUUGUUGCUCUCAAAUGUUAGUGCAUUACCAUAUUUUUAGCUGACCAUUAUCAGAUGAUUCAAAUCACCCUACAUCUGUGGUCCGCCAUCCAUCUGUAAACAAUCAUUGUUAUCUCUUACUAUUAUUUAUAUUAUUAUAUUUCUCAAACUUCAUAUGUAGGUUUCCCUUGGUCCCUAGUUGUGCCUAUUUUAUAUUGAGUCUGAUCUGUAGGUUUCCCUUGGUCCCUUGUUUGAGUUUGAGCAAGAAAACAAAAUGGCCGACAGGCAGCCAUCUUGAAUUUUGACAGUUGAAAUUUGUAAUUGAUAUAUUUUAGAAAAUUCUUUGUACAUGUAGAUUCGUUCUUAGACUUUAUAUUUUGGUACCCCAUGUUAUCAAAUGAUUAAAAGGAAGAGGAGGGAAAGAAAGGAAAAGAAGAGAAAAGUUCAGUCUUUCAAUGGACUGAUAAAGAUUAUUAAAUGGUGAGGGUCAAGAUCCUAUUGGAUCUCAUUGCAGAAUACAGCAAUGAUGAAUAAGUACUCCCACAUUAUUUGCUAUAUGACUGGUUCAUAUACAGUGUAAUUUAGUGCAAUCAUAAUUGAAUUAAGUGUAAAGAGUGCUGAGAAUCAGAUAACAGCUAUAAUGUGUACAUUAUACAUGUAUUUGUAGCUGAUGUUUUCCUUUUCUUUUUUUUCCUUUUUUUUUAUUACUCCAGUCACUGAUAGAGAUUUAUGUUUUAUCAGAAAGCUAUUUUUUUUCUCUAAGUGUAUUACAUAAGAAAUCCCUCAAAAGAAAGAGUAAGUUGGCAGUGUUUAGUCCGAGUGUUAUAUUUAUAAAAUAGUAUGAGAAAAUCAAGACUACUGUAAAUCACUUGUACUUUGCAUGGGAUUUAUUUUCGCGUUUAUAUUUGAAGAAAUUCAAUUGUGAUUAUUCUUAUGAAAAUGUCACUUGUAUGAUGGCCAAUUCCAGUCGCCAUUACACGAGUCUUCCAGAGUCAAUGACCCUAAUAGCUCAUCAUUCAUGAAUUUUUAAAGACAUUUCUAGAUCAGUGUUCCCAAAAUUUUGUAAUCGCGAAUAUGUCUGAAGAUGAAAGUGCACAAAAUGUAAAUUAUUCACGAAAUCUAAGUGAUUUACAGUAAGUUACUGAACUCUCACAGUCAUUUGUUGUGUAUAACUGAGAUAUUGAUUUGUUAUGUGUCUAGGGAGAUACAUACUGUAAAUAUGGACAUUUUUACGAGGGGGAAAUUUACGCUAAGUACACAGAGUCCUUUUGAUAGCGAAAUUCCCCCCCCCCCCCCCACGCAUAUUAUUUUGAUAUCAAGUUGCAUAAUCUCGAACUACAAACGAAAAGAAAGGAUCGAUCGCAAAAAUUACCCCAACGCGUAUAGUUUACAUAUUGAAAUCGCGAAAUUAACCCCCCGCGAAAAUAACCACGUUUACAGUAACAUAUAUAUAUAUGUAUAUGUAUCUACUAAUAUCAUCUGAUGAAUGAGGGUCAAGGAGUGAGAGAGAAGUUUUACACCAAAGUAUGUCUCACAUAGUUUGGGUUUUACUUUUUGAGAUUGUGAACAAAAUUAUACUAAUGAGUUUUUACAUCAUUUUUAUAGCAUUGUUAUAAUGUACCAGGGCACAAAAUAAAAUCAAAACAAAAUAACAUUAAAAAUUUCCUCUUUUAAUGCCUUCUGAAAUUAACAGACUAUGUCAGCAAUAAGAACACGGAGGGAACAGGGUUUGGACUUACGUAGUUUACUUUAUACGGUACCUCAUUAGUACCGACAUUUUUUGUUUGUAUUUUGCCUUGUUUAAUUGAUUUUAAAUUAGCAUUACAGUUUUGUUUUAUUGUUGGUAUUCCCUGUUAUUUUAUAUACAUUGUAAUUCGGUAAAGGUUUAUUCUAGUAUUUGCUCAAUUUCUUUUGUAUUUGUGAUCUUCCUGGUAAACAAUGGCAAUUUGAAGGGGAGACAACAUGAACAUUUCUCCAUGUUGUUGACAGUGUUCAGGAAAUAAGAGUCGAGCAGUAGUUGUCAAGAAAUGAUUUAUAUUUCAUUUGCAAUCUCAAAAAUUGUGACACAAACUUGAAUGUGAAUAACAUACAGUCGACUGUAUUUUGUCAGAUUAUGAUAUAGAGGUCAAAGGGAAUUAUCACAAGAUUAAUUGAAUCUUCCACUAUCUUGAGGGUGUGACUAACAUAAUUGUACAUGGGUCUGUCCCAUCUAUGGAACAGCCCCAUGCUUUUCUCACAUACUUAAAAACGGCAACAAAUGUGAAGUGUUGUGAAACUUAUUCAUUGUGCCAUCACAAAUGUUCGAGGAAAUGUGUUAAGAAAUUGAGGACAUGAUGCGUCUUGGUUAUGCGACAUAAAAUGAUAACGCCACACUCUAUUGUAAGCAGCAUGUGUCAUAGAACGUGCCAGCUGUCUUUCCCUAAACAUUGUAAGAUUAAUAGAAUCUAACAUGGGUCUGUUCCGUGGACAUGGAUAUCUCAACCCGAGUGUAAGGGUUUGGCCGGUCGGAACAGACCCAUGAUUGAUUAUUUUUAAGUUUUGAAAGUUUUUCAUCGCGCCAUCUUCAAUGCUCCUUGGAAUAUAUGCGUCAGAAUUAAUGAAGUCAUCAUUUACGUUACUCUAUGUAAAAUGAUGACGUUACGUUAUUGUGAGCAGCGUCAUAUAGCUUGUGCCAGCUGUCUUUACCCACCCUGUGUAAGAUCGAUUUAUCUUUUCCCUGGCAACCGAUGGAUAACCCUGUGAAGUAUGUGAGAAAUCUUUUUUUCACAUACUUCACAUGGUUAUCCGGCGGUUGCUGGGGAAAAGAUAAAUCAUUCUCAUACAGGGGGGUAAAAACAGCACGCUCUAUAUGACAUUCACAAUAACAUAACGUCAUCAUUUUACGUUGAGUAACCAUGUCGUAAAUAAUGACGUCAUCAAUUAGGCGCACAUUCCAAGGAGCAUUGUAGAUGGUGCGAUAAAAAACUUUCAUCAAUCAAAACUAACAUUUGCUUGCAAGUAUGUGAAAAAAAAAUCAAACAUGGGUCUAUUUACUCCUAUAACAUAAGAGGCCGCUGGUUGGCUCUUUUUCUAUCGGAUAUGAUUUUGCUGACUGCGACAGGUUACACAGCACCUGUCAAAAGUAUCUCGCUGUGUAAAACCUCUAACAUUGUUGGAGUAGGGUCUAUUAUGCGAACAAGGAUAUCUCAACCCUCGUGUAAGAGUUUGGCUGGCCAGCACUCGGCAAGUCUCAUGCUGACUGGUCAAACUCUUACACUCGGGUUGAGAUAUCCCUGUCCACAUGUUAGAUUUUAUUAGUCCUAUCCCUUGUAACCACGAGAUCACCAUGUGAAGUAUAUUAGAACAAAGAAUCUCGACCCCAAGGUAAGAUAGUUGAUUGGACACGAAUUUCACACUUGGAGAAUUAGUUCGAGACUUCUAUGUCACAUCCUCAUGGUAUAAAAGGUAAUAUUUCUCAUGACCUUAAUGUGAUUUUCCUACCAAGUCUUCACUGAGGCUCCUUGUUUAUAAAGAGAAGCACAUGGUGUGUUACUCCUAAAGGUAGUCCUUGCCCCAUCUUAAAGCAUUUACACUACAUAGCAGUAGCAUUUGUCAAAAUAGGUUUCAUAAAAUUCAUACUUAUUUGAUUAAUGUGAAACUUUCAGGCCCUCAUUUAGACAUAUAAUAGAAAUGUGUCGCUGUGCCAACCAAACAUUGUUUGAAAUGUGGAGGAAUUAUGUAGAAAAUUAAUAUAUUGACUUUUCGUCAUUUGUCUAUUGUGAUACUUACAUACUUCCAGUUCAGAAGGUAAGUGCAUGCAUUGUUGAUGGAGAAAUUUUGUACAGUUUAAUUGAGAGAAAGAAAUCUGGUACAGUUUAAUUGGGAGAAAGUGAUUUAGAUGGUGAGAGACAAAUCUGUCGAUGGAUGGAGAGUUGUAUAACAUCUGGGUACUGUUAACAUGUUUCUCUUUUGUACAAACAACAAUUCUCACAACAACAAUGUAUUUUUUGUUACAUUUUUCCUCUUAAUUUGUCUGCCUGAAAAUGCAUUAUUUUAUUUCUAUGUUAACCAAUCCCUGUUGUGUCUUAUUGAUCUGUCAGGUAUGACAGCGGUUGGGACCAAAACAAGAUUAAAUAUUUCCACAAUGUCGAGUGUUGUGUAACCUAGCAAAA